UUCUAUCAUUUUCUGCGCAAAUUCGCUUUUCUCACCGCAACGUAGUGCAAACGAAUAAUGCCGUAACGUGAACCGGUUUGCGAAAAUUUAGUCACAUGCGCUGAGACUGCCUAUUACGUAACGAGAUUAGUAUUAGCAACGUAGAAUGGAAGUUUCCUUUCCCUGCGUGUCCUAGAGGUAGAAAAACAACGAUGGCAUAUCGAUUCUUAUCGACGGCUUUUUUAUGGCAAUCGAUAAUCUUGGUAUCCAAAAUCCCUCCUGUUUACGAACACCCAACAGCCAGCAACAUUUCAUUUGAGAAAGGAGGCGUGUUUAACGUAACAAAGCCAUGCAAUCGUCAGCCGUGCCUGUCAUUUGCUUCUCGUGGCGUGAGAUCGUGGCCACCAGAGGAAGAGCCUUCACAAAUGGAUACAGUUCCCUUGCUAACACCGACCAUGGAGACAGAAUUGUUGAACGAGCCAUGGGUGUUCCCACAGCCAAAAACGAAUGUAACAAAAGAAACCGAGAAAGAAGCAUCCUCCAUAUGGGAGGAGAACUUUCAAGAUUUAAGCGGUUACAUGGAUCCAUUCCAGGGUCAAUGCGAUUUUCAUGCAGGUGAAUCACCUACUUUUAAACUAUCAGGUACGAAAUACGAGGGUAACAGUGUUUUGUCUUCAGAAGAGGGGGUAUUGAAAGAUUUGAUGAGUGUAACAGAUGAAGAAAAGUGGAACAUGAAAAUGAGUACCGCGGAGAUAACCGAACAUUUGAACGACAGUUGUCACAGCCUGCAAUCUACAUCAAAUGUAACUAGCAAAUACGAGAGGAAAAAUAGUCCAACAGAAUCAAACACAUCCAAUUUGUGGUUAAAAAUAUCAAAAGGAUCAACUAAUGUAAAUACAAGCAAACAGAAUAAUACAGAUGUUAGUGCACCAUUCCAAUCCAGAUAUCAUAUAGAAGAAAUUGAUUUGAAUGAUGCUUGCCCGACUUCAUUCGAUUCCACCGAGAAUCAACGUGAAACGUGGGAUGUAUUACGAACAGUGGAAACCACUGGAUCGGAUACGUUCGAUUUAUUGUCGUACCUUUGCGAUGAUGAAAUGCAUUCUCCGGAAGGUAGCGUUUCAACAGAUUCUUCAGUAGCAUCAAAAUCAUGGUCACCCUCCAAAUUAUCCACAAUGAUUCCACAAACUAGCGUGAAAGUGAAAACGGAGAAGAACGAGACUGUCGUCCCAGAGUGCACAAGAAAUCGAACACCAUCGUCAACGAUAACUUCGUCUUCUUCAGACGUACCUGUAGUAUCAACGAGGAGAGCGGAACGUACGAGGAUAUCAGUUAGCAACAAAAUAGAGAAACCUUAUAGUCGAGCGCGACGGGAGAGAAUAGAGCGAAAACGUUACGUAGAGUCAGACUCGGACGAUCGAACGUCUGUUUUGCAUUAUCGAGAGUCCAGGGAGAAGAACAACGAAGCUUCGCGGAAGUCACGUAUGAAUAAAAAAGCGAAAGAAACUGAGAUGGCGAAGAAAGCGGUCGAAUUGGAACGGGACAAUAGGAUAUUGAAGAUGAAGGUUGAGGAACUUGAAAAACUCGUAACAUCGAUGCGCAGUGCGUUAUUGAGGUCCGCUUUGAAAAAAGAAUUCUAAAAAGCGUUUCUUCUACUUGUUUCGAAUGAUCGUUAUGCGGCGGGUAUCGCAUAAGAUUUUUCAUUUCUAUCAUAAUUUUUGCCUUAUAUAUUAUAUAUAUAUAUAUUUUGUCAUAUAAGAGAAGAAAGCGAUGCAUCAUUUUCAUUUAUAUAUAAAUCUAUAUCACUACGACUAUUAAUGCGAUGAAUAAUUUCAAAUUGUAUUGUUAUAUUUAAUUCAUCUCUUAUUUUUUUUCUUAUCAACCGUUUGAAGCAGAUUUUUGUUGAAUUCUAUGUAUACAUACAUAUAUAACGUUAUUCGAAGGAAAGGUGUAUAUAUUAACAUCUUACGUAAAUGUUUGUUGCACAAUAUGUUUGUGUUUGUUCUGUUUUUGUUCAAAGACAUCCUAUUUACAAUGUUUUAUAAUGCUUAUAACGAAAUUUAUGUUCAUAUAAUUGAAAUGAACAAACUAAAAAAAAAAAAAAAAAAGAAAGAUAAAGAGGCAGAAGUGGGGUAAAAUCUAAAAUAGUAUCUCUUUUGCCAAAAAAAAAAAAAAAAAAAAAAAGAAAAAAGAUUACAUAAUCAUAUUUUGUUCAGCCUUGUAUUGUACCUGAUAAAAAGUAUAAAUAUGGAGGUUAGAACAAGAUAAAUUAUGAUCGGUAAGAAUAUAAUUUUUUUACUGGCGUGGGCACAAUAGUAGCAUGAUGUACAAUUGAUAUUCGAAUAAAGAACAUGCUUGUCAGAAUCUACCUCGUAGUGAAGAGAAUUAUUUUUGUAGACACUCAUUGUAUAAUAACUUAACUUGUCGGAUAACAAAGGCAUUUAUCUGAAUUCAAUAAUUCCUGUAAAUUCUGUUUGUAAAGAAAUUUUAAUAUCCAUAGUGAUAUUGCAUACACUUAUCACAAUAUUACGAAGAUGUUAUUCUAUUAUUAAGCAAUGUAAUACAAAUCAAUCACUCAGAAUUGUUUUUUCGUUCCUUCAGACUAUGCUGUAGUGAAUAUUGAAAAUUCUUGUACGUGUAUGGAAAUAAAAAAAGAAUCGUACGGGUAAUAAUUUUUGCAUCUAGAUUACUAUAUAAGCUAUAUUAAUAUAGAAGAUCUUAUUUCAAAAUAAUUGAGAACGUUAUUGGAAGUUUCCUAACCAGUGAAAUGUAAUUCUCGAUAUCUUAUUUUUAUUAAACUUAUGUUUUAUCUUUACACAGAAUGUUAUAAAUAUAAUAAAAUGUAUAUUUUUAUAUCUUAUUUUGUCUUAUGUUUGCAUGUUACAUAUUAAAUAUUAAACUGUGAAAAACAUGUAUAUUAUUGUUUAUAUUAUGAAAUAUGUAUACAACUCGAAUUCUACAUCCUAAAUGUGUAAAGAAUUUGUUAAUAAAUGUAAGUAUAUCCUCCGAAAAA